AUGCCGCUGCGAGGGAGCCCCGCGGCGCUCCUGCCGCUUUGUCUGCUCUGCCUGCCAGCCGGGCUGCCGCUGCGCGGGCCCCGCUACCACGGCCGCUACGCCGGAUACCUGUGGGAAUUCAACCAGUAUGAUUCCUCAGAGAAGUGUGACAAGGGAGGCAGCAGUUCUCAUGCUCAUGAAGUUACUGAAAAGACGGAGGUGCUGGUGCAUUUGCCUUCUGCUGUCUUGCACAACAAGCGUUACCUGUUCUGUGCUCUUGUGCCAACUGGAGCUCAAGAGGAGCUUGAAGUUACUGCCUCCCAUGGUGACAGCAAAAGAGAUAUUGGAGGAGAUAAAAUAUUUACCUGGAUAUACUCCAGCUACUCUUCUGAUUGGAGGUUGGAGAAGUUACCCAUCGGCAUCAGCCUCUGCGGCAAUGAGGAUAGCAGUGCUCUUACGCCCCUGGAGAGAGCAGUGUACAGUCAGCACUGCCAAAUGGUGUGCCAUGUGUUCACUAUUCCAAUGUACUUCAAGCCAAUGAUCCUAACACUUUGGCUGUCCUAUGGAGAACCUCCAUGUGAACAGUUUCAUUGGAUAUUACAUCUAAGUCCAAUCCAACUCAUCCAAAAAUCAGGAUUCUUUCAAGAGAAAAAGAAGGAGAAGCUGUCAGAACUGAAAAAGUUGUUCUUACAGCUGUACUGCAGAAAGAUAUAUUUGCCUGUGCAAGACAGUGAUAAAGUCAUACGGAUUGUUCCUGACAGUGAGAGGGAAACGCAGAUCCUGAAGGCUGUAUUUGACAGACUUAUGGUGGACCUGUGGCAGCCCAGCAGCACCUCGUACAUCGCCCAAGGUACAGUCACCGACCUGCGAGUACCACACAACAUGUCCCAAAUUCUACUGCCAUCACUCCAGCAGGCCAACAUCCAGUACACGAUUCUCAUAUCAGAUCUACAGAAAGCAAUAGAAAAACAAACUGGAUGGAGGUCACAAAGAAAUCGAAGGUCCCUCCCCAGGUACAACUAUGAAGUAUAUCACCCACUGGAUGAAAUCCAUGGUUGGAUGCAUCAUCUGAAUAAAACUCAUUCAGAUUUUAUUCAUAUGUUCUCUAUUGGAAAGUCCUAUGAAGGCAGACCACUGUUUGUACUCAAGUUAGGUAAAAGAUCACAGCCUUACAAGAAAGCUGUCUGGAUAGACUGUGGGAUUCAUGCAAGAGAGUGGAUUGGACCUGCCUUUUGCCAGUGGUUCGUGAAAGAAGCUCUUCAGACCUACCAGACUGAUCCUGCCAUGAGAAAGAUGCUAACUCAGCUGUAUUUCUAUAUCAUGCCUGUAUUUAAUGUGGAUGGAUAUCACUUUAGCUGGACAAAUGAUCGAUUUUGGAGAAAAACAAGAUCAAAGAACUCAAGGUUUCGCUGUCAUGGCGUUGACGCUAAUCGCAACUGGAAAGUGAAAUGGUGCGAUGAGGGUGCUUCAGUUCACCCAUGCGACGACACCUACUGUGGGCCCUUUCCUGAGUCUGAACCUGAAGUAAAGGCUGCUGCUCAUUUUCUUCGCAAACAUCGCAAACAAAUAAAAGCCUAUUUGUCCUUCCAUGCCUAUGCACAGAUGCUGCUAUACCCUUACUCUUACAAGUAUGCAACUAUUCCAAACUUCAGCUGUGUGGAAUCUGCAGCCUAUAAUGCUGUUAACGCUCUUCAGUCAGCUUAUGGGAUAAGAUACAGAUACGGUCCUGCCUCGAGCACUUUGUAUGUGAGUUCUGGGAGCUCUAUGGACUGGGCCUACAAGAAUGGCAUUCCCUAUGCAUUUGCGUUUGAGCUGCGCGACACCGGCCACUUUGGAUUUUUGCUUCCCGAGACGCUAAUCAAACCAACCUGCACAGAGACCAUGCUUGCAGUUAAAAAUAUAACUCUGCAUCUGCUGAGGAAAUGUCACUGA